CUGUGAAUACUGUCGUCGUGGUGUCGCCGAUCGAGUUCCAACAUAACGCAACGUCCCAAAGUGGCAGUCAGUGUAGAGCACAGGAGGAGACCGAACCAGUCCAGUCGGCAGCGUUGACAGUGCGAAGAAACUCGCUUAACUCCAAAUUCGUGUAUAGGAAAGAAAAGUGAAUCGCUCGGAUAAGAAAACGAAAAAAAUAAAUAAAUACACAUAGAAAAUAAGCGAAAUCACAUCAGUUUUGUAUGUGAUUAAUAAUCGGCGGCAGACGGCCGAGUGGAUGUAGCAAAUCUGAACGAGCCAGUAGUGCGAUAAAAUAAGAGCCGAAAACCACGUGCACCAAGAAAAAGUCCCAACACAACCAGUGAGACAGAAUGAGAUAAAUGUUCACCGGAGAGAAGGAAGAAAAAAGUGCAGCAAACGAAGAAGGAGAAAAUAAGGUCCAAUAAAUUAUCUGCGUGAUUUCGCUAUACGGCCUUUUUGGGGGUAAAGUCUGUGUUUUUUGCUACGAAGAAGAAGUUGAACACCUACUUGAACCGGUGUUGAGUCGGUGUCGUAUUUCCUUCCAUCUCUGGUGACGGUGAGUCGGUCAGUGUGGGGCGUAGAAGCAGCAGUCAGUGGUUUGGAAUCUCGUUGCUCUUCAGUGUGAGGUGCAAAAAGGAUUUCUGCCACCCCCUUUCGACAGAAGAGGCACGGGAAUUCGUGUCGUGAGUGGUGUGUAGAUCUACAGAAAACAACAACAAUAACAACAACAACAAAAGCUACAUCGUAAUGGAGGCGGUUGCGAAACACGAUUUUAACGCCACGGCCGACGAUGAGCUGAGCUUCCGGAAAAGCCAGGUUUUAAAGAUCCUCAAUAUGGAAGACGACAUGAAUUGGUAUCGGGCGGAACUAGACGGGAAAGAAGGGCUAAUACCUAGCAAUUACAUAGAAAUGAAGAAUCAUGACUGGUAUUAUGGCCGAAUCACACGGGCAGAUGCUGAGAAACUCCUGUCGAACAAACACGAGGGCGCUUUCCUGAUACGGAUCAGCGAGUCCAGUCCGGGUGAUUUCAGUCUGUCGGUCAAAUGCUCGGACGGAGUGCAGCACUUCAAGGUGCUCCGGGACGCGCAAGGCAAAUUCUUCCUCUGGGUGGUGAAAUUCAGCUCCCUGAACGAACUCGUGGACUACCACCGGACGGCCAGUGUGUCCCGCUCACAGGAGGUUAAACUACGCGAUAUGGUGCCAGAAGAGAUGCUGGUGCAAGCGCUGUACGACUUUGUUGCGCAGGAAUCCGGCGAGCUGGAUUUCCGGCGAGGGGACGUCAUCACUGUUACGGAUCGCUCCGACGAGCAUUGGUGGAAUGGCGAAAUUGGUAACCGGAAAGGACUAUUCCCAGCAAUAUACGUGGCGCCCUACCAUUCAUAAGAUAUAAGUAUUUUUAUUAUUUUUGCUAUAUAAAUAUUACAUAUUUUUAAUGUUUAACCGGGGAGGGGAAAGGGGGGCAUGGCGAAAGAGGGAGGAAGGAAAGAGGAAGAUAGAUGCAAAGCAAGCAAAAAGCGAAUGUGAAACUUUACGCGAUUCUAAAAACAAAAGAAUUCAGAAGCCAAUAAGAACGCAAAGCUGCGAUUGAGAAGAGAGCGAGAACGAGUCAGUGCGCAACAAAAAUGAAUCCUGUGGUCUUGCAGCCAAUGUAUAUUGAAUGACGUACAUAAAAACACACACACACAUUAUGACACAAACGGAAGUUAAUGUCCUAUUACCUUCCGGGUAGACCGUGUAACGAGACUUGUCAGACAUUUGAAUGCCAGCUGAAACAAAAUGGCGUGGAAGCACUAGAAAGGAUAUACGCAGAAUCAAAAGAAAUCAAAUUCAGGUGUUUUUAUAAUAUCUAGGUUUUGCUUGUCGAUAGUUUGGUCGCAUUGCCGCGCAAGAGACCACAACUCAACUCAGAUAAAUACAUUCAAUCAACACCAGACAACCCAACCCACACUACUAAAAGAUAAUCGUGAGUGUGAAUAAAAAUGAAAUAUUUCAAAUGCUGAAAGUUAAGGGAUAAUUGUAGCGUUGUUAUAUAUAGAUUUUUUUUUCUGUUUUUGUCUCGUAAGAUAGUCUCGUUUGUUUUUGGAACAACUUUUUCCUUUCGUUUUGUAAUUAAUCCUACAAGUAGGCAACCGUUAGCAGAUCUUAUUACUAUAAAAACAAAAAGGAAACAAAUGUAGAAACAAAAUUCGUCUAAUUUCGUUUUUAGGCAAAAAGCGCAACUUUUGUCAUUAUGUGUAAUAGCUUGUAAGUGUAAAACAGUCACACAAGUAAGAAAAAAAUGGAGCAUGUUGUAAGGAGAAAUCCUUACACAAUAAUAGACUUUUUAAACAAGUAUCAUUCUCAGUUUAUCAAUUCCUUGCGCUAAGCGAAUCCGUUUUAGGCGAAACCUUAGUUUCCUGUCGUGCUAUUUGGCCUAAUAGAAGAUUAUGCCAAAUGGCAUUUCAGGUAAUGGGGGAGCUUUAUUAAAUUACACUCGAAAUACAAUCCUAUUCUAAAUAAGAAACAACAACAAUUAUGGAUAAAUCUACAAUUAUUUAAAACCUAUCGACAACAUAUGGUUGAAUGACAUUUGGCUGAAUGGAAGCUUGAGCUCUCGAAAACUUGGUUGAAUGGAUUCCUAGUCCAAACCGUAUUUCGAACUGAUUUUGAAUUGAAGGAAAAUACUUUUUGGAGCUAAUGUCCAUUCGACCUCUUGUUUCGAAGCAUAGAAACAAAAAACAGAAACCCCAUUUAGAGCAGUUUUAAAUAAUCCAGAAUAGAUGAAAAAUCCUCAAGUGAAUAGAACCGAACCAUACACACUACACAGUGACAGACUUCACUAGGAGAAUAAUUUACACAAUUAUACACACAUACACAAUUUACCUACUACCAUCCAAUCACACGCUGUACUGAUAAGGUGCAGUGAACAGGGCAAAAGGACACCCUUGAGUGUAGGUGCUUAUGUCGUUUUCUGUCUUUUCCGGGAACGAGGUUCCUGUUUUGUUUGCUGAAGUGUCGCGAACGACCGGAAAAGAAUUACCUAUACCUACCUUGCAUAAUUAAGUAGAGAAACAAAAAGGAAGAAAGUGCGAACUGCAGAGUGGGAGUGCAAUGUGCCAAGCGAGUAUCGUCAUCCACACACCUUUUCGCGAAGCGUGAAAGCCAUCGUAAAUUACACAAAGACGACACACAUGAAGUACCCUUAUCCUACAGAAAGGAGGCUCUACUCUACACACAUAAUACAACCCUAAGACCAGCAAGUAAACAAACGAAAAACGACCAUCAAUCCGGCAGCGAAAAAACAAGACUUCGUUUUUUUUCACAAACACACAAAAGAUAGCAACAACAAAUAAGAAAGGAUAACAACAACAAACAAGCAAAAAACAUGAAUGAAUAAAAUGCUAGUAAUUAAUGAGAUAAGUAAUAAUAAUACAACAAUACAAUGCGAUGCGAAUUAA